CCCCAAACCCGAAAUUUGGAUCUUCGGGUUACGUUGGGGGUGUCUGGAAGGUAGUCCGAUCUUGCUCGCUCAGCACCCCUCAUUCCGUAAACCUUUCUGGCUCAGGGACAAGGCGCCCUUUGCGGGUGAACGCCCGCCCACGUGACCGCAAUGUAGAGCAGCGGCGGGGAGUCGCGCUGCGUCAUUGAAAUUGCCGUGCCCCCCCCUUCGUGCGAGGUAGCGAAUGCCAGCUGAGGAAUGCGAGGAGGCAGCUCCGCUGGGAUUGAAGAACACAAGGAUUCUUUUAUGUCGUUCUUCUGUCCUUCUAUAGAAGUCCAGCAAAGCUGAUGGUUCUUGACGCCCUCGCUUGCGUGAGCUGUGUGGGAUUGUGGAUGAGCAUGUGGGGCUGCUUGGAUCGCCUAGAUGCCCCUGAGGCUGGAACUGGCGCAGUUGCUGUAUUGCUAGUGGGCAUUUGUGUGGCGCUGAAUAUGCACAGAUUCUUUGAGACACGCUCGAAAGAGUGGCCCCCUGCUUGUAUCAACACGUUUGUAUGGCUUUGGACUUUUGUGCUGACCAUCCUCAGUAUUUCCAUAUGGCGCUUGGAAUUUGCAAUUGUACACCACCGCAGUGUGCUGCCGCCAGGUGAUGAUGUUCUUGCAUGUAUGGUCGCGACCGUCGGGGCCGUUGUCUUACUAAUGACAGGGCGCUUUCGAACUUCCUGCGAUGCAACUCCUGUGGGCUUUGUAGCCGACGGUCGUUAUCAUGGGGAACGCUUUCCUGCACCCAGCUACAUCGGAGGACUGGUCAGUCAAGACUCGCCACCCACCCUGUCAAGACUCCUGAGCUAUAUGGUGGACGUGCUCCUCACGUGGCCUGUCGUCAUGGUCUGGGCUGGAGUUUGGAUGUUAGGUGACAACCAUAAGGUUCCACCAGUGACCUCCUUCGCGAUAUGCUUCCUAACAGUCUCCUUCUUGAGCCACUGCCAAGUCCAGGAGAAGUUAGCUGAGCUGGUACAUUCUUCUGAUGACGUGAUCUCAUCUUUCCAUGAGGCAACUUGGACCAAGUCAGUUCGUUGGGUUUUUGUCGUUCUUGUGGAGGGCGCGUGGACAGCUUUCCUCGCUGUGCUGUGCAUCAUGACGUGGCGUGGUCUCUGGGAAGGAUUGGCUCCAUGGCUUAGUUUGGCUGCGCACCCAAUGCAUCAAGCUAUUGACGACGGAGACGCGUUCUUCGUCUUCAGCCUUGCAACUGUUGCUUCCAUUGUGAUGGCUGGCAUCGGCAGACAAAGGUCUUCCCUGUUCCCACCAAUGGACUUCGCCGAGGAUGGUGUGUUCAUGAAUAGUCACACCGCAACCGAUCACAGAGCUCAGACUCGAGCAGCGACGUAUGGAACAGCAUGAUCGAUGUCAUAUGUUUUUUUGAAGCAGGUCGCCCAGACCAAAACAUACGAUCGCCUCUCGUGUCCGACGCAUGUCGGCCAGCUUCUGAAGCUCUCGCGGGGCCGGACCUGCCCUGCCCCAAGCUGCUACCCGGGGCCUGGGGCCCGAAGCGCCUUCGUGGUGCCGCUGGAGGCGGCGGGCGCCCAGGGUGUCGGGAGGGUCAAGCCGCCUUAGGACACGGUCAACACUUUGGAACAAGGCCACGUUGGUUCCAGAAGGGCUAUCUUGGGGCCAUCAUCAACGACCACGUUGGUUCCCUCUUGGGGCCGUCGGGGGCCGCCUCGGGGCCAUCAACAAGGACCAUAUUGAUUCUAGAGGGGGCUCAGGGUUCCUCGCGCACUCUGUCAGGCCUCUUCUCGAGCGGCCCUCGUACACAUGGGCGUAGCCCUGGUCAAAGAGGGUCUACGAUCUCUAUCGAAGCUUCCAUGUGGCAAGACUUUGGCUGGGCGUGAAUUGCCCUGGUGCCGCCGCCAGAGGUAGCGUCGGGCUGUGAGGAGAAGGGGCGUCUCCCCUCCCAAGGGAGCUGCAGAAGCUGCGUGCCGGCUGUGUGCCGUAGCAUGCGCGAGUCGUAAGGUAUGCAGGCUCGCGCCGCGUUUGCGCGGCGGCGACCUCAGCCCAGCGUUCAAGGUUGAACGCCGCCAGCGGCCCGGAAUGGGUCGAUGUCGAACG